AUGGCAUCCAGCGGAAAGCCACGGAUUCACUCUGCGGAAAUGACCUUGGCUGAGAAGUUUUCGGACAUUCCUGAGUCUCACGACGACGACAACAUCUCCCAGGGUGUUUCUGAGCCACCUCUCCCUCCAUAUUCCAGCACGACCUCGGACCCGAAAUCUCAGAUCGACACCGAAACACACGACGACAACCUUCAUCUUCAGGCAAUCACCAUGACUCGGACUCCAGUUGUGCAACGUCCAGUCGAAGCCGCUGCGAAGCGCGACGACGACCUUCGUCGAGCUCGCAACCCUCAGCAACCACCCAUGCCCACCCAAGUGGCCUGGACAGCGGCAGAGGCCUGGAACAACCAUAUUCGCAACCUCAACUUCCCCAAGUUCAUGUACCACCUCGUCUCCUCGAUGUGGUUGUGCUUCAUCCUGUACCUGACGUGGUGCUUGUUGCCGAUCCACGGCCACUGGUCACUGACAGGGCAGUCAGACAAAGUGCCUCACCAGGCCUCAGAUCUGAACAACUUCUUCAAUGACUUCCAAGGCUACUCUGAGUGCAACAUCCGCAUGGCAGAUCUCUACGCGCCUCUCGGUCACGAUGCGUCGCAAGUCUCGCACGACGGCUACUGUCCCCGCCGCAAAGAUCUUCUUGAAGCCAUGUCAAGCGGAGGCCGAAUCGGGUUUGACGCACCAUACUUUCCCAGAGGCUGCCACUACCGCUGGUAUUCAGUCGAGGAGAUCUGCAUGAUCCUGGAACGCUUCUCUGCCGUGAUCUUCGUCGGCGACGACAGCCUGCAAGCCAUCUACACGGGGCUGAGCAUCCUGCUGCGUCGAGAUCUGAGCCACGGCGCCGUCAAGACGUGGGAAAUGGACCAGCACACCCGCCGCCAAUGCAGCUGCGACAACCAAUUCAUGUCGACCAGCUGCGCCACCCACCUCGUCAAAUCCAGCGACGACCUCGGCACCACCACCGCCGUCUCCGCGGCCCGCAAGGGCAAGAUUGAAACCCCCUACCUCUGCGGCGCCCGCACUCCGCAUGCCUUCCUCCGCGUGACCUCGUCGCCGGCCCCCCCAUCGGCGAUCGACAAGUUCAAGGCUCUCACGCCCCGCGAGAAGCGAUCAAACUACCACCCCGUGCCCGUGAUCCUCGCCCUCUCGCCCACGACCGUCAACGCGGAAGCGGCAGUGUCGAGCCUGCAAGAGUUCCUCGCCCUGGCAGACCAGUCCCACCGCAAGAUGCCCAUGCUGUGGAUCGGCCCGCCAGCCAGCGGCCACACCGAGAUCCGCGGCCGCAAGGGCAACCAGGAGAUCUGGGACUUUGACCGUCAGCUCCGCCAGGUCGCCGAGGACAACGACGUCGAGGUGCUGGGCAUGUGGAACGCCACCGUCCAGGCGAAUUCGUGGGAUGGCGUGCGGUUCGGGGAAAAAGUCGCCCUCACGCAGGCCAUGAUGGUGGUGAACUGGCUGGCCAGAUUGGAGAGCAGUUGA